AUGGUUGUGGUUGUGCGGGGGGAGGCUGAGACGGGGGCGUCCCUGCGUGACCAGGCGCUCCCCUCCGUGGAGAGCCGUGUGCGCCUGUCACGGACCCGCCAAGCGUGUUUGCGUGGCCCUGUUUCUGGGCCACGAACUGCCUCCACUUGGUUGCCAGAGAAGCCCGAGCCGGUGCCGCUGGAGAGCCGCUCCUGUGUCCUCAUCCGCCGUGACCUGGUGGCCCUGCCCGCCAGCCUCAUCAGCCAGAUCGGGUACCGCUGCCACCCCAAGCUCUACUCGGAGGGCGACCCCGGCGAGAAGCUGGAGCUGGUGGCAGUUUCCCCCGAGGGUGCUCAUGGGAGCUUAGAAGACCCCAAAAGUGUCACCCAACACAAGCUGAUCCACGCUGCUUCCAAGCGGGUGCUGAGUGACGCCAAGACCAUCGCGGAGGAGAACGUCCAGGACCACGAUGUCCUGCUGUUGGUGAAAAAGCGAGCGCCGUCUCCGCUUCCUAAGAUGGCUGACGUCUCGGCCGAGGAAAAGAAAAAACAAGAGCAGAAAGCCCCCGACAGAGACGGCUGGUUGUGGGAAGGGACGGCCGGUUCCCCGUCCCGUCCAAGGUACAGGUCCCAGCGACAGGACUGCUGCUCCCAUGUCACAGCCCCUCCCCCUCCGCUCAGCACUGAGACACCCUCUCCCUGCUCACCCUCUUCCCACCCUUCCCUGCAGUUCCAGACAGAGCUGCGGAAGAUCCUGCUGUCCCUCAUCGAGGUGGCGCAGAAGCUGCUGGCGCUGAGCCCCGGUGCCGUGGAGCUAUUUACAAAGGCCAACGCGAUGCUGGAUGAGGACGAGGAGGAGCGGGUGGACGAGACGGCCCUGCGGCAGCUCACGGAGAUGGGCUUCCCCGAGAGCAGGGCCGUGAAGGCGCUUCGGCUGAACCACAUGUCGGUUCCCCAAGCCAUGGAGUGGCUGAUUGAGCACGCGGACGACCCCGCCAUAGACACGCCGCUUCCAGGCCACACCUCGCCGGGUACCAUGGGGGCUGAGGCUUCGGCCGAGGCUGCUGCCGGCUCCAGCGAGGACGAGGAGGAGGCCAGAGACGAGCUCACGGAAAUUUUCAAGAAGAUCCGAAGGAAAAGGGCAUUUCGGGCUGACGCUCGGGCCGUCAUUUCCCUCAUGGAGAUGGGCUUCGACGAGAAGGAGGUGAUGGAUGCCCUGAGAGUGAGCAACAACCAGCAGAGCGCCGCUUGCGAGUGGCUGCUGGGGGACCGGAAGCCCUCCCCCGAGGAGCUGGACAAGGGCAUCGACCCCAACAGCCCCCUCUUCCAAGCCAUCCUGGAUAACCCUGUUGUGCAGCUGGGCCUCACCAACCCCAAAACACUGCUCGCGUUUGAGGACAUGCUCGAGAACCCCCUGAACAGCACCCAGUGGAUGAACGACCCAGAGACGGGGCCGGUCAUGCUGCAGAUCUCCCGGAUCUUCCAGACCAUGAACCGCACGUAGGCAGCGCCUGCAUCUCCACUGCCCCAGCGGCCCGGGGAGGGGCCCUUUGAACUCUCCGCCAGUUGUGGACAGUGUGAAGACCCUGGCUCCGUGGGCUGCGAGGGGUGGGGCCAGGGCUGGAGGGGCUUCUGCCCCGCCCCCACUCCCUGCCCCCCACCCCUGCGCCCAGCCCUGAUCGUCCUGCUUUGACCUCACUGCGCAGAUGCUCUGUUCCUGGUGCGCCAGGUGCAGCCCAGCCCCAGUGUGUACAGACCUGGGCUGUGCGGGAGGUGUGCCCUGGGGCCCCUUUGGGUUCCUGAAACGCUGCUUGAACGGCCCGUGGGCGCGGCUCUCCCGGCACCUACCCUUUGGAGGUCGCAUGUUCCUGCCCAGUGUUAGCACAGGCACUGGGUCAGGCAGAGGGUUCAGGGCGACUUCCUUCCACGAAUAAACUCCCCUCCUGCCUUCUC